AUGUCGACUAAUUCUUCUGAACGAACAAUCACCACCACUGCCCCACCAUCCGCCACCACUUCCAAUCCCCUCUCAUCGGCACAUCACUUUGUGUUGAUUAAAUUAACCUCCCGAAAUUACCUUUUCUGGCGUACACAACUCGUCUCGUUCCUAAAAGGUCAAGAGUUGCUCGGGUACGUCGACGGCGAGAUUGAGUGUCCGCCGGCCACCAUUGCCUCCUCCCCUUCCGGCAAAUCUGCAUCCGGCGUGGCAACCACCACCGGGCAAGUCCCGAAUCCGGCGUACAGAUCAUGGGUGAAGCAAGACCAGUCUAUUUUGUCGCUCCUCGUCUCCUCCAUGUCCGACGAGGUGUUGCAUUUGGCGGUUGGCCGGAACACGGCUAAGGAGGUCUGGGAUUCCAUUACUGCCGCCUUGGGGUCCAGUACGUGCGCUCGCUGCCUCAAUCUUCUUGGGCAGUUCCAGUCGCUGCGACAGGGGAACUCCUCACCGGCGGACUACAUCGGCCAAACACAGCUCCUUGUCGAAGCUUUAGCGCUGGUCGGCCGUCCUCUUUCACUGGAUGAACAGAACCUAUGGGUGUUCAGAGGUCUACGGCCGGAAUUUAGGUCGAUGGCGGCCUCCCUCACCGUGAAUGGUAAUCCGGUCUCCCUUCCUCAACUUGCUGAUUUUUUACAGGCUCAGGAGUUCAUCUACUCCGAUGAACUCCCGAUCGCGAACGUUGGCGGGGCUGCAGGUGGCGGACCUCCGGCAGCGCUGUAUGCAGGUCGUGGCAGAAGCUAG